AUGGCUUACAUUUCGAACCUCUCACGCAAACCCAAUCCCGAUAAGGUUCUAAAGGUCUGCGUGAGCAGCUUUGGUGACGCCAUUUAUCAGAUGCAACGCUCGACCAGGGAAAUGAACCACGAGAACUUCACCAACGAUGAGUCGAUGAGUCAUCGGUUAUUCAACUUGACGACCUGGUUGGGCGCCGCAGUUAACAUUCAGCAAACGUGUGUGGAUGAGUUUGGGUCUGUGAAAUCGGAUGUACAUGAUCACGUGGUGAACGUUCAGACGUUGACGAGACAUGCCAUCUGCUUCAUCAAUUUGUAUCUUGAAGGAGCGGUCCAGAUGGACUGA